UUUUUCCACAUACACAACCAACAGUGCACAACAGACUUUCAGGACUGAACAACAAGGGAUUCAGCAUUCACCAAUCAUGUCCAUGUUCCUCGGUGUUGCUGUACGUACCCUGAUGAACAUGUGUCCUCAUCAGACACCAUCAAUCCUGUGCUAGAAAAUCACUUCAGGAGUGCUCCCUCGGGCUAGUGAAUUUGAGGCUGUGAAAAUACACCCAGAUAAUCCACGUUAUUUGGGUUAUAGCGAGCAUUCAGUGAGUGCACGUAAAAUAUUCGUGGAAAAAAACAGAGAGAGAGAGCGAGAGUGAGAACGUGAGUGAGUGCAAGGGAAAAAAGGGUAGAGAAAAAUAAAGAACCACUUGGAAAAAUAAAGAGUCGAAAAAUACGGAGUGCAAACCUACAGUAUGCUCAGAAUUUUUAAUAUCGAAUUAUUAUGGCUGGGGGUGAGGCUGCUGGGACAAAGCCUCGUCAGGAGAAACAGUACGAUUAUCUUUUGAAAUUUUUACUCGUCGGGGAUAGCGACGUUGGCAAACAGGAGAUACUCAGUGGCCUCGAGGACGGCGCAUCCGAGUCACCUUUCUGCAGCGGCAGUGCUUACAAAACAACAACUAUCCUGCUGGAUGGGAAGAGAGUUAAGUUACAGCUGUGGGAUACGUCGGGGCAGGGGAGAUUCUGUACAAUUAUCAGGUCUUACUCCAGAGGGGCACAGGGAAUCCUUCUUGUUUACGAUAUUACAAACAAAUGGUCGUUUGAUGGAAUCGAUAGAUGGCUCAAGGAAGUUGAAGAGCACGCCCCAGGUGUUCCAAAGGUAUUAGUCGGCAAUCGCCUGCACCUGGCAUUCAAGCGACAAGUUGGGGUUAGAGAUGCUGAAGCAUACGCUGCAAAAAAUCGUAUGGCAUUCUUCGAAGUGUCACCAUUAUGUGAUUUCAAUAUAAGGGAAAGCUUUUCGGAACUGUCGAGAAUGGCACUGCACCGUAAUGGGAUGGAACGUUUAUGGAGAUCGAAUAAAGUCCUCAGCCUCCAAGAACUUGCCUGUCGGGCAAUAGUGGCACGCACAACAGUGUAUGGAAUUGAUCAGCUACCCUUACCCACGUCGAUAAAGUCCCACUUGAAAUCUUACGCUAUGACGACAACAACGCAGCUACGUUACAACGGAAAUCGUUCACAAAAUUCGAGCAAGAGCCUUGGAUCUUAUCAUCGCAGGUUACGAUUCGUCGGAGCGUGUCACAAUGGACUGACGACACCGGGCAAUUCACCUGGCAGCAUAACAGACUCUCGUUCCAGUUGCGCUGGCCGUAAUUCUUGCACAAUAUCCUGAGGGUAUAGGAAACAACCAAAUCUUGUAUCGUUCAGCAGUCAUCCUUGGAACAAGCACUUGUUUCUUCAUUCAUUGGAAAUCAUUUUAAUAGUUAACGCAGUUGACAGGUAGGAUGACAGAUAUUGUUGGGGAUAAAUCAUUCAAAUCGCAAUAUUUUUUUGGCAGCACGUCUUUCCAACACCGAUAUAUCAACUAAUUUUAUUUCAAUUAUUUGACUUUGAAGGAUUAAACGAAACCCGUUGACGCAUGCAAUGUAUAGACCAUUAUUUUUCCAUGAACAAUUGUAAAGAAGUUUGAGUUUGAAAAUUAAAUUUUCAAUUCAACGUUUGUUAUAAACUUGCGAUCACUGCUUCAACGCACAAUUCCGUAAAUCAUUAAAGAAUAAAAAAUAGAUGCUGCUCCAAUUAAUAAUCUAACACUGAUCAACAAGUCAUUGAUUCAAAGUGUAGCAGUUACAAUUUAAUUAGUUGAAAUAUCGCUUAGUUGAGGAGACAUAUAUUUUUUAAAAAUCAACUGGAAAUUUAUUUCAUUGUUUACAUUGAAAGCAGUUUCCCGUUGAAAUACAGUAGUUGAAGACUCAAUAUUAUAUAUCCAAUAUACGUAACGGUAAAAAUGCGGAAUUACAGCGAGUACUUACAUGAUUUAUUGUGGAAAAAUGAUCAGUUCUGAAGAAAAUUAGCCGGUUAACAUUUGGUAAAUGAAUAUUUCCUCGUGAAUCAGUUAUUUUAGUGAUUGAUUAUCCAAAAUGAUGGCGCAGAGCCAUCCGUCCGAGCGUUAGUUAAGAAACUUUCACGAACAGUGAAAAAUAAACAACAAAACUACCAUCAUAUGAUUACCGUAAGUUUUAUUUAUAAGAAGAUUUUUUAUGUACAUAUAUUUAUAAUAAUAAUUAUUACUAUAUUUUAAAUGUUGAAGUUUGUAAUUUGUUGAUGGAUCAGACUCUAAAAGAAAUUAUGUACACGGUGGGUGCACAGAAAAACAAUGUGAAGAAAAUGAAAAAUUGAGUGUAGGGUAUAAUGCGUGAAUUUGUUUAACUAGUCCUUUUGAGAAUAAUUCGACGUAGCAUAAGAGAAAAUGAAGAUUAAAAAAUCGAAUCAGGCAAUGAUGGGCAAAAAAGUAUUUACUAAAUUUUAAAUAAUCAAGUACUGAACUAUUUAAUAUUUUCAAUCGAACUGAGUAUUAAAUGAUGGAGUAUUUAGUAUUUAAAUUGACAUUUUAUUGGAAAAGGGUUCAGUUUUGCCCAUCAUUGUAAUCAGAUGACCAGUUAUGGAAUAUUUUAUACACUCAUGACUUUCUCAGGCUUUCAAUUUCAUAGCAAGUGUCAGAGACACCGUCCUUGGAUUGGUAAUUCACUAUCGCUAAUCCUCGUUUUUUGUUUUUAACCCCCAACACCCUGCAUAGACCAAAUAAUUCGAGUUACAUUUGUUCCUGUAUAUAAUUAGGUUUAGUCCCCAGUAAUAAUUGCUCCAUCGACGUUGCAUUGGAGUCCCCACUCGACUGCCUCCUGGUGAUUUUAUUGCAUUACCCAGUUUUAUGAUGAUUUGAGGUACAAGUGGUGAAUCAUCUGCAAUAAAAUGGGAUUUAUGACAUUCUUUUCUUUCUCAAACCGUUGUCAGUAGUGAAUGACCACAACUAAUAUUCCCAAGAAUUAAUUCUAUUACGGAGACCUUUCUACUUGGACAUUCUAAACGAUCAUUACACAAUUCUUCCUUGUUCAUAAUCGUUUUCUUUAUACAGUUCAUUUGAAACAACUUCAACAGGUGAGACACGUCCAGUAUUUUCAUACUUCACUUUCACCUGUCACUUUCUACCCAGUACCAUUAACCGAAGUAGGGCUAACUCGUUUCCAAUAGCAGAUGAACCCGAUUGUACCCUCAAUUACCUGCAGCAGAUCAAUUGUCCCUUUUUUUCUCAAUCAUCGUGCCAUUACGCAAAAAGCAAACCACAACUCCGUCUUUUGAAUGAGAAAAGAGGCAAGAACGAGAAUAAAUGAAAAAAAAAAUAGUAAUAUUGGAGAAGAUUUUUGCACCGACAAUAUAGGAUAUAUGAUGCAAAUUCGGAUCUUGAUAAUUAUUUUUGAAAUAUUUACUGACGUGAAAUAAAAUGAAAUAGAGCUCAUAGACACUGUGUUUGAUAGAAGCAAGUGCGUAGGUGGAAAAAAUAGGCCAAAAUUUGUGUCAAAAAGCAUUAAACUACCCUCGAUUGUCUGUAGCGGGCCCAUAUCUCUGUGGCCUAUUUUUUCCUUCAUCAAAGAACUGAAAGAAAAAAAUACAAUUCACUGAAGAAAAAAAAAUACAAUGGACACUCAAAGAGAUGAUAGAAAUACUCAACGCAUGAUUCUGUUAGUCGCAGUGCAAGUAGUGACAUUCCAUUCACUGUCAAAAAUGAUCAGUGAGCAGUGAUUAUUACUUAUCGGAAGAAUGAAGAAUUUCAAAGAUAGCUUAUGGAAUUUUUCAUGAAUCAGCGAAUGUACGAUUCAUGUUAAAUAAAAACGAGAGUGAUGGUGGGUGACAAAUGUAAUCGUAAGCCGAGGCAUAUUUUUGUACACUGUGUAUAAAGUAUGUUAACUGAAAUCUCAUAAAACCCAUCCAAUAAAUUUUCAAAAACUGGUUUCAAUCACAAUUUUCCAAUGGCGGUACCUUAAAAUUACUCGAUAAUCUGAAAAACAGAUGUUAUUUCAAUUUAUAGCAUUUUUCCCGCUGGAAUUUCGUAAGGAAAAUGAUUAUAAAGUAAUGAUUGGAAUUAAAACUGGGAAUCCCAGUCUUAUCGUGGAAUAAGCGCCUAACAGCAUUAGUAAUGAAACGAUCAAAUAUUUCAAGUCGUUUUCGCUGAUUAGUCAGUUUUCAGUAAAUAUCAUGGAAUCUAAGGCACAUGGCGAAAUGUUCAUUAGACUUUUUGUGGUAUGAGUUAAGGACUAGAAAACCCCUCGACAAAAAGUACAUUACAAAAAUUUCGUUAUCUCCCUUGAGUUCGCAGAUAUUCUGAUUUGAACAGUUUAACCGUUUCGAUAGUGCAUUCUGAACGCAAAUAAAUUGACAGUAAUUGACGGAAAAAAAUUGACCGUUGUAAACAGUAAUUAUCACUUCUUUUAUCACCAACGAUGAAAAAAAACAAAAAGGGUAAUUAUGUGUAUUUCUGCAAACGUCGUUUUACUUAUCCUAGGCUAAAAGUAACAAUAAACUAAAGGCAAAAAAAUUGUAUCAUAAUAAUUUAUCUAUAAUAUUUAUUUAAUUCAAUUAUAUACAUUGCUAAGUACAUUUGACUUUAAUAAAUAUGAAGUAACGAAUUUGA